CGAGUGUUAAGUGCAGCACAAAAGAAUUAGUUAGUUUUGUCGAUUCACUCAUUCAGCUCUUCUUCCAAUUAACAGCACACCCGUCUCCAUCAGUGCAAAAAAUCACUAACAUCCAUCGCGAAUCCAGCUCAGCAGUGUGGAAUAAGUUCCGCUGCAUCGAGCCCGACAUCCUUUCCAGCUGUGUGUAAGCCGAACCGGCCCUGCUAAGCAUACAACGCUCGAAUAUCUCCUUCUUUCUUUUAUACGCGCGGCGAGAGAGCUGGCUGCACCGGGGAACAUCUCUAGCGCUGGUAUAGUAUAGAUAUAGCGUAGGUAAUAGACUCCGGGUGAAAGGACCGCCGACGACUAUGGUGCACGCGAAAUCAGGUCGCGCAUUUCUUCUUCGUUGGAUUUCCUUGCAGAUGAGGAAGAGGCGAUGAAAAAGCUUGUUGGAUUAUGCUGCGUUAUGAAGAAAAUUGAUGAUGGAAUUUGGAUGUCUUUUGCUACUCUUCGGCCUCGUGCUGUUCAUCGCUAUUGUUGCGGCAAACACUCACGAGAAGAACUUCGAGCUAGAGGACUUUGAGCUGGAGGAUUCCGAGGAGGGUUUGGACCCGCUGGAAGAGCGUAUUCUGAAAACGCCUGAGAUUAUAAAAAUCAUCAGAAGGUUCAUAAGGUUGAUAGCAAGGAAAUGUCUGAGAAUAGCCAUCAGAAACUGCAAGGAGAACUGGCCUGACAUCAAAGCUCUAGCCAAGUGUGCGAAGGAAUAUUUGAAAGAAACCAAGGGAAGGUGCAUCAUCGAAUAAAAUAUUGUUUGAUGGGCAGCAUUAAAAUGCAGACACCAUUCGGUAGUGGGUAACUUUUUGUGAAAAUAUACUGUAUGAUUUAUGCCAAAAAUAAACGGAUUCAAUUUUUUUCAAAAAGAAA